AUGAAUAAAAAAACAAAUUUAGGGAAACGGGAGUUAGAAGAUAUCAUGAACAACCUGUCAGAUUUAUCCGAUCUUGACUCAGAUGAUGAUGCCUAUUACCAAACAGCCCCUGUAACCAGCCCGGCAGAUUACCAGAAUGAGUCUCAAGAUGUUAUUGUUGAAAGGCGUCUUGAAGAGUUGUUUGGUGUAUCUGAUAACUUGGAAGAAACUAUUGAAAGCCAAGAAAUAUAUUCAGUAGAAGCACUCACAGAUAUUUUAGAAAUAAAUAGUCCUAGACCUAUUGGUAGUGUGGGUAAGACAACAGGACAAUAUGAUGUUCUCCCAACAGAGGAAAAUAUUGCAACUUAUGAAGAAAGCUUUGUUAUGGAUUGCAACCAACGAGAAACUGAAAUAGAGCAAUGCUUAGAUGAUAUCCGUGAAGAACACUCCCACUAUACUCCAAUAUCUACAAAUGGCUUAAGUGCAAGACCUUCAAGCAGUAAUGUUAUUGUAACAGAACCGGAUCGUCGCUCAAGAUCAAGCAGAACUAUGAAUACAGUAAGACAACCAAGGGAGUGGAAAAUUGAAACAGAGAUACACAAUGUUCCUGAAUUUACCAAUUCAAUUCAACCACAAUCAACAUAUAGUCAUAAAACGCGGCCUAUCGAUGUUUUUCAAAACUUUUUCCAGAAUAUUUAG